AUGGCUGACCUCGACACCCCCACCGGCAAGGCGCGCGCGCUGGGCUUCCUCGCGCUCGCGCAGGUCAUCUUCUUCAAGAUCCUCGGCGCGGUCAAGGCGCUGUACGAUCGCUCGUCGCCGUGGAGGCUCCUGAUCGACCCGCGGAAGUUUUCGUGCCCGGAGGGGCUCGGCGACGCGCUGAAUCGAUUCCGACGAAACGCGAACGACUUCGGGUACAACUACGCGUUCUUAUGCGUGGUCGCGAGCAUCCUGUGCGUGAUCACGUCGCCGUUCUCGGUGUUCAUCAUCGCCGCGCUGACGAUGGCGUGGGGUUACGUCAUGUGCGCGCUCGGUCUUCCCUCCUCCUCGUUCGUUCGCACGUCGAGCGUUCGUUCGUUCUUCAAAUCGUCGUCGUCGCGGUGGCGUCGUUCGUCUUUCUUUUCUUUUCGGACCGGGAUUCGAUCUCCUCGCCCCGCGCCACCCCGCCGCCUCCUCCCCGCACCCCCACCCCGAAUCCCUACCCAAAACCCUAAAAACCCCUCCCCCGAACCCUGA